CGGGGCGGGCGGCGCCCCCCGGGCGGCGGGGGGGGCGCCCCCAAGAUGGCGGACCAGAUCCCGCUGCGCCCGGUGCCGCGCAGCGCCCAGCGCAGGGCGGCCUAUUACAGCAGCGCCGCCGCCGCGCAGCGCCACAGCAGGUACCAAGUGGAAGAUGAGUCCUCUCAUUUGGAUGAAAUGCCACUAAUGAUGUCAGAAGAAGGCUUUGAAAAUGAUGAGAGUGAUUACCAUACUCUACCAAGAGCCAGAAUUUCUCAGAGAAGAAGAGGCUUAGAAUGGUUUAUCUGUGGCGGCUGGAAGUUCCUUUGCACUAGUUGUUCUGACUGGCUCAUAAGCUUUUGCCGAAGAAAGAAAGAGCUGAAGGCUCGCACAGUGUGGCUUGGGUGUCCUGAAAAGUGUGAAGAAAAAUACCCCAAAAAUGCCAUAAAAAAUCAAAAGUACAACAUCUUUACCUUUAUACCUGGGGUUUUAUAUGAACAGUUCAAGUUUUUCUUGAAUCUCUACUUCCUCGUCGUGUCCUGCUCACAGUUUGUACCAGCACUGAAAAUAGGCUACCUGUACACGUACUGGGCUCCUCUGGGAUUCGUUUUGACGGUCACAGUGGUGCGGGAAGCUGUUGAUGAAUUUCGACGUUACAAAAGAGACAAAGAAAUGAACUCACAGUUAUACAGCAAGCUGACAGUACGAGGUAAAGUGCAAGUUAAGAGUUCAGACAUACAAGUUGGAGACCUCAUCAUAGUGGAAAAGAAUCAACGAAUCCCAUCUGACAUGGUGUUUCUUAGAACAUCGGAAAAAACGGGUUCAUGUUUCAUUCGAACUGACCAGCUGGAUGGAGAAACAGACUGGAAACUGAAGGUUGCUGUCAGCUGCACACAAAGAUUGCCAGCUUUGGGGGAUCUCUUUUCGAUCAAUGCUUAUGUUUAUGCUCAGAAGCCACAGCUGGAUAUCCACAGUUUUGAGGGUACCUUCACACGGGAAGACAGUGAUCCUGCAGUUCAUGAAAGCCUAAGCAUAGAAAAUACAUUAUGGGCAAGCACUGUUGUUGCUUCAGGAACUGUAAUUGGUGUUGUUAUUUACACAGGCAAGGAAACACGAAGUGUAAUGAACACAUCCAAUCCAAAAAAUAAGGUUGGCUUGCUGGACCUGGAGUUGAAUCAACUGACUAAAGCCCUGUUUUUGGCUUUAGUUGCACUAUCAGUUGUUAUGGUAACCUUGCAAGGAUUUGUAGGCCCAUGGUAUCGUAACCUUUUCCGGUUCCUCCUGCUGUUUUCCUAUAUCAUCCCGAUCAGUUUACGUGUGAACUUGGACAUGGGUAAGGCAGCCUAUGGGUGGAUGAUUAUGAAAGAUGACAAUAUUCCUGGAACAGUUGUUCGAACUAGCACCAUACCAGAAGAGUUGGGACGAUUAGUUUAUUUACUAACGGAUAAAACAGGAACACUUACCCAGAAUGAGAUGAUAUUUAAGCGCCUCCACCUAGGUACUGUGUCCUAUGGAACAGACACAAUGGAUGAAAUACAGAGUCAUAUUAUAAGCUCUUAUUCACAGGUCCACUCUCAAAACAGUGGAAACAGUACGAGCUCAACACCAUCUAGGAAACCUCAGUCAUCUGCACCCAAAGUGCGAAAGAGCGUCAGCAGUCGGAUCCAUGAAGCAGUGAAGGCCAUUGCACUCUGCCACAAUGUGACCCCCGUGUACGAGUCACGGGCUGGUGUGUCUGGAGAAACAGAAUACGCAGAGGUGGAUCAGGACUUCAGCGAUGAAAAUCGAACUUACCAGGCUUCCAGCCCUGAUGAGGUAGCUCUGGUGCAGUGGACAGAGAGUGUGGGUCUUACUCUGGUUAACAGGGAUCUGACCUCAAUGCAGCUGAAGACCCCUGGUGGACACAUCCUGACGUACUAUAUCCUGCAGAUCUUCCCCUUCACUUCUGAGAGCAAGCGCAUGGGCAUCAUAGUUAGGGAUGAAUCUUCGGGAGAAAUUACAUUUUACAUGAAGGGUGCAGACGUUGCCAUGUCCACUAUUGUACAGUACAAUGAUUGGUUGGAAGAAGAGUGUGGUAAUAUGGCACGAGAAGGACUGCGUACAUUGGUUGUUGCCAAAAAAUCACUUACCGAAGAACAGUAUCAAGAUUUUGAGAGUCGAUAUAACCAAGCAAAGUUAAGCAUACAUGACAGAAACCUGAAGGUUGCUGCUGUCGUAGAGAGUUUGGAGCGAGAAAUGGAAUUGCUGUGUCUCACUGGAGUAGAAGAUCAGCUGCAAGCAGAUGUUAGACCAACUCUAGAGAUGCUAAGGAAUGCUGGAAUAAAGAUAUGGAUGUUAACAGGAGAUAAACUGGAGACAGCAACUUGCAUUGCGAAAAGUUCUCACUUAGUGUCUAGAACUCAAGAUAUUCACAUUUUCAGACCUGUUGCCACUCGAGGAGAGGCUCACUUAGAACUAAAUGCCUUUAGGAGGAAGCAUGACUGUGCCUUGGUGAUAUCUGGGGACUCACUUGAGGUUUGUCUGAAGUAUUAUGAGCAUGAAUUUGUAGAGCUGUCUUGCCAGUGUCCUGCUGUGGUGUGCUGCCGUUGUUCUCCCACCCAGAAAGCUCAUAUUGUGAAACUGUUGCAGCACCACACUGGAAAACGCACGUGUGCGAUAGGUGACGGAGGAAAUGAUGUCAGCAUGAUCCAAGCAGCAGACUGUGGAAUUGGAAUUGAAGGCAAGGAGGGAAAACAAGCUUCCCUAGCAGCUGACUUUUCUAUCACACAGUUUAAACACAUAGGUAGGCUGCUGAUGGUACACGGUCGAAACAGUUACAAAAGAUCAGCAGCACUUGGUCAAUUUGUCAUGCACAGAGGCCUUAUUAUUUCAACUAUGCAGGCUGUAUUUUCAUCAGUCUUCUAUUUUGCAUCUGUUCCCUUGUACCAAGGAUUCUUAAUGGUAGGAUAUGCAACCAUAUAUACUAUGUUUCCAGUCUUCUCUCUAGUAUUGGAUCAGGAUGUGAAACCAGAAAUGGCAUUGCUAUAUCCAGAACUUUAUAAGGAUCUCACAAAGGGAAGAUCUUUGUCAUUUAAGACCUUCCUCAUCUGGGUUUUAAUCAGUAUUUACCAAGGUGGUAUUCUGAUGUAUGGAGCCCUGCUGCUUUUUGAAUCUGAAUUUGUACAUGUUGUUGCCAUUUCCUUCACUGCCCUAAUCCUGACUGAGCUCUUGAUGGUUGCACUGACCAUACGAACAUGGCACUGGUUAAUGGUGGUGGCUGAAUUCCUCAGUCUUGGCUGCUAUGUGGCCUCUCUUGCAUUUCUAAAUGAAUAUUUUGCCAGAUUACAAAUGAGAGGAACAAGCAAGAGCAGAUACAGGUAUUCUCACUUGAGUCCAGACUUCCAGGAACUUCAUAAGGCAGAACUUGCUGCUUCACCUUUGUAUAGGCAGAGUGUCUUUUGGAGCUUUCUUAGAUGUUGCCUUUAUCACAACUGUGACCUUCCUGUGGAAAGUGUCAGCAAUCACUGUUGUAAGCUGUCUUCCACUUUACAUUCUCAAGUACUUGAAGCGCAAGUUCUCUCCUCCAAGUUACUCCAAGCUUACCUCGUAAAAGUGAUUAUAUUCCUAUGGUUUUUCACUCACACCAGUCUGCAAAUCGCAUAUUCACUGUGCUUUAGAGUCUAUGGAUUUAUGUUGGACUAAAGAAACUUCAAAAAAAGAAAUUCAAAAAUCAAAAGUGGUAGUGUGAAUAGAGCACAAAAGGGAGGAAACAUCUGACAGAUACAAUAACACGGAAGUACACUAACAAGACUAUCAGAGAUAAAAUAAUUUUUUGUUUUUACUUUCAUUUGCUAUAAUUAUAAAGUAACACUGAAUUACCUUUGAUUUGACAAUGCUUCUGAACUUUUCAUUGCUACUGUAAAGGAUCUUUUGCUACUGUAAAGGAUUUUUUUCCUAUUGUAUUUAUCUUCUGCAAGUUAAAUCAAAAGUUUUGUUAUUUAUUACAUAAAUUCCCUUCUUUAAUUAUUAUAUAACUUCCUACUUCAAGCCCUUUCCUUUAAUGUUUCUAUAUGGAAAAGGUCAAUCGUCCAUACUUACUAUAACAAACGUAAUACCUGUAAAUGCCCGUGUCUGUAUUAGCAGCUAUUAUUCCUCAUCAGACAUUGAUUAAUAUGCACUAUUUGAAUUAUGUACAGAUGUCUGCAUAGCACAGUCUUAUUUUAGGAGCUGUUGUCUUAUCCUGUACUCUCCAUUUCUGGCACCAGUAAAUUACAGAUGUGUGAUGUUGACAGCAGUUCUUUAAAUGCACAUUACAGCCAGGUUGCACAAAAGCUGUUUAAAAUGAUAAAUUCUGUACAUAAUUCCACAGCACCUAUUGAUCUGUACAGAUAUCAAAGACAUGGCUGCUUGGUAAAUAUGUUUUAAAAUUCUUAUUCAUUUUUUAUUUGUAAAACUGCAAAUAGUGUCAAAGUACAUUUCUAUAUAUGAGAAGUCCAGUAAACCUUGUAUUAGCUAAUAUGUUUAAAUUGCCUUGUAAUCUGUUUACUUAGGUUACUCAGGUAAAAGAAAAUAAGAGAAACACGUGAACAUUCUGGUAGAAAAAUCUAUCAUCUUCCAGAUUGUAAAUGUUUUGUUUCUGUAACUUAGUUUGGGUGCAAAGUUGUCAAAAAAAAAAAAAAUCAAAACAUUUUUGCUUUUUGUAAGCUGUCAGAGUUUGAGUAUCUUGGCUGAGUUAUGACACUUCAAAGCAGUUGAUGAUUUGUUCCAGAAACUCAUAUGCUCUGAUGCAAUCUGAAGGGUCCAAAUAUUGCAUACUGUACUGGCAAGUAGGAUAUGUUAAUUUUCCAUUGUGAUAAAACUUUGCUUUCUCAAGAAGUACAUAUAAUGAAUUUGGCAUAGUCUGUUAAUCAGUGGAAAGGAACAACAAAGCUAUUCAUGCUUUAUUUAUUAAAUAUUUAUGUGUGUGUUUUUAAAAACCGCUUAAUAUGGAUGUCAUUUUUAUGUUCGAAUGUAUGCCUUUACAACAUCAUUCCUAUUUUAGUCUCUUAUAACUUUGCCCUUAUGCCAUUAUUAUAUUGGAUGAGUAAUAUAUAAGUUAUAAAUAUAACUACUUCCUGGGAGAGCAGAAGAAACUGCUGCAGAGCUAUUUGGACUCCACCCCACUCCAUUAAUUUUUAUUUUGGAAAUUUUUCUUACUAGCUGUUUAUCUGCUUUCUUUUUUAAUUUUCAUUCUUCAUUAUAAAAGCAAUAAAGCCUAAUUUCUACCAAA